AUGGGAACUUUAUUUUGCCUUUACUGUUUUUUACUUUUUAGUUGCGUGAGCUCAGAGCAGCGAAACUUUCGAAUAGUUAUUGAUCAGAUCAGCAUUAAGAUUUUGGAUACUAAAACCAUUGAAGAGUUGGGUUGCGAAGUCGAACAAAUCAGUAAUCGCAGUUAUGUAAAUUGUCAUAUGCUGCUAAAUCGUGAAGUCGCCAAAUUGGACGUUCGAAACGUUGUGAGUUUCCUUAAGCCAAAAAGUCAAGAAAUGAAGCUAUACGAAGGUCGAUUAAAUGCCUGCCUUUUAAUCGGAAGUUUUCAAAAGAAUCGUUUAAUGAAUAUAUUUUCAAAGGGCUUUAAAAGAUUUUCUAACUUGGAGUGUCCUCUCAAGGCGAACUUCAACUACACCGUGACAAAUCUGUAUAUGGACGAGCAAGAUUUUCCCUCAUUCGUGCCGUUUGGAACGUUCAGAUCCCUAAGCGAUUUUUUUUUGAAUCAAUCUUUUAUAGCAUCUCGUUCUAUCGCCCAUGGACGUUUUAUACACAGACUAUAA